CGCUCAGCCGAACGGACCGAGGCGUUUUUUCCGCGCCAUCACGUGCAUUGCGCAAAUUCCAGUAUUCCCGAGAACUGUGAAUUGUAAAAUAAUUUGAGUAUUCUAUAGUGUCCAUAGCGCGUAUAAAACGUUUUCGUACUAUGUACACAAAUACGCGUUAAAUCCGCGCCCGUUAACCACCAACUUUCACAAUCCGCUCGACCGGCGACUUCAGGCGCGAUGUACAAGUACAUCCACACGGAGGCCGUGAUCACCGAGGUCCGGCAGCGGCCCGUCCUGUGGGACCCCUCGCACGUCCUGAACAAGGACCGCGACACGCGGAUGGCGUCCUGGCAGGAGGUGUACGAAGCCCUGUAUCCCGAUUUCAAUGAGUUGGAGGACGCCAAGAAGAAGGAGAUAGGGAAGAUGAUACAGCAGCGGUGGAAGACGGCGAGGGACGCCUACAUACGCUCCAAAAAGUACCAAAAGAAAGGGAUUAAUAAGAAGCACUACGGGUUCUCAGACGAACUGCGGUUCCUGGACAAGAUAGAACAGGGACAGGGCGAGGCAGACUCCAGCAACGAGGCAGCUACUCCCAACUAUGUGGAGUGCGUCUACGAGGACAGCCGCACGCCAGAUGCAACUGUAGAAAUCAAAGUGGAACCUCACGAAUUCGACAGUUCAAAUCCUUCGAUUCAAGACCCAGUGGGCGAAACUCAAGUCCAGGAACCGUUCACGCAAUCCGGUGUCCAAACGCUGGUUUUGCAGCCUUUAAUUCAGAAACCAGAAAUCCAUGAACCAGAGAUAGAGAAAGAAGACGAUGAAGACGAAGAAGUACCUUCCAAGAAGCCUAGACUUGUACGAAAAAGGAAACUUUCGAAUAAUAUUAACGAUAAUUUCCAAAAAGAAAUGAUGGGCUUGCUCAGAGAGAAUUCUAGUCUACUGAAGAAUGACGAUGUGGCGUUCUGUUUGUCUCUUCUGCCGAUAACGAAGGAUUUCUCCGUUCAGCAAAAGCUGAAUUUUCGCAUCGAGGUUAUGAAAGUAGUAAUGAAAAUUAGUAAAAUGUCGAACCGACAGGAGAAAAAGUCUGAGUCUGAUUCAUCUAUGGAGUAACUAAUAAUAAUAAUUAUAAGGCCGGUAUAACCACUCAGACUGAAGAUUUGUAAUGUGUCGUUGUUUUUGUAAGCUGACACAAGUAAGAGUAGCAAUAGCGAAUUUAAUGUCAUGUUGUGUAUCGUAAUAUUCUUGUGAUUUUGUAUUUAUUUGAAAUAUAAUAUUUUAAAAAGGACAUUCCAACGACUACAAGAUUUUUGACCAGUUUUAUAACUUCUAUUCAAAGCCGUAAUAUGUAGACUCC